AUGGAAUGCAUCUAUAACCCUAACACUAGACAUCGUAGCACUAUAAGUCUUCAAGGAAAACCGCUUAACAAGGUAUCACAAUUUAAAUAUCUGGGGUCCAUGAUAUCAUCGGAUGCCAAUAUUGAUGCUGACGUUACACAUCGAAUCAAUGUGGCUUGGCAGAAAUGGAGGAGUCUGACGGGAGUAUUAUGUGAUCCAAAGAUGCCAAUAAAGACCAAAGGAAAAGUAUACAAGACCGCAGUUAGACCAGCUCUAAUGUAUGGCUCCGAGUGCUGGGCAAUCAAAAAAGCUCAAGAGCAAAGAGUACAUGUAAAUGAAAUGAAAAUGCUUAGAUGGGCGGCCGGCGUAACUAGACUUGAUAAAGUGCGCAAUGAGUACAUCAGAGGAAGUUUCAAGGUCGCUCCCAUCUCAGAGAAACUCACCGAACAGCGUCUUAGAUGGUAUGGACACGUAAUGAGGCGUGAAGAAAACCACGUAGUAAGGAGGGCACUAAACUUGCCAAAUAGAAGAAGGGGUCUGGGACGUCCCCCCGCCACCUGGUGGUCUACCAUAUCAAAAGACAUGGAGAGAGCCCAAUUGAAUAAACAGACAACCCAGGAUAGACCAUCCUGGCGCAUGAGAACGAGGAGAGCCGACCCCAAAUAA